AUGACCACAGACCGCCGUCGCACUCUACGAGCGUUGCACGCGCUCGUGCUAAUCGCGUUAUCGCAGGUCCCAACGACUUCCGCACGACCUCACCGUGUCAUCCAAACGACAACGAUCAGAGUACUGGAUCCCAACUGCUCUUUGGAGGGCCGACCGCCGGCACCGAUAUGGCCGAGCGUUCCUGGGAUUGAGUACACUUUCGUCCCGAGACCGACUUCCUCUGAGCUGUAUUUAUGGAACCCGGAGGCGUACCAGAUUGAAGAUGGGCAGGUUCAAGUUUCCGCUGCCGUCUCGACAGAGGUGACGGGGGUGACGAGUCUGAGUUCGACUUUCCUCAGCUCGAGCGAGGUCACGAGAUUUUACACGUAUACGCCGGUGCCGAGACAGGAUACUUCGAAGCCGCCAAUGAGUACCUCGACAACGACGAUUUUUGUGACUGCGAGUCCGAUAUCGACGGCCGUACCAAGUUCAACUUCGACCUCUGCUAGUGCUGGCACUACGCCAAACGUCCCUCUACCAGCUCCCUUGCCGACCUCGACCACUUCAGCUGGUGCUGGCACUUCGACAAGUACUGCGGCUCCAGCGCCAGUGCAAAGCUAUACCACGAGUGUUCCUGAGGGCUUGCUGACUUCAUUGACGACUUCAGAGGUGCAGACGGUCACGGCGGCGCCGCCGGAGAACACGACGGGGGCUGUCCACACACCGCUUGAAACGUCCGGCAACCCUACCAAGCAGCCUUUUCCAAGUCUAUCGUUGAAUGGCUCGACCAGCUUGUCACUGAUCAACACCGAAACACUUUCUGGAGUUGGACCAACUGCGAAGCCGCACAUCACCAGCAUCUCGGCCGCCAAUAUCUUCCAACCUAUCGCUAGUGAUGCCCCGCCUGCUCAGAUCCAGUCAAGGGCGGACCAUCCUGUGCCAAGACUAGGUAUUCAACAACAGCAGCAACGUCUCCAGACGAACAAAUUCUACGGCAACUUCUACCUCGGAGGCCAGACAGGAGCAACUUGGACUCAUCCUUACUCGGUCAGCUGGUCCGCCGGACAGCGUCAAACGUACAGCUUUGGGCUGGCCAUUUCACAUGUUGAAUUGUCGCAAGCCUCCUUUGGACAGAAGACGAGUUCAGAUGCUGGAGAUUCGGCAUAUUUCGCCAACCUCCUUGGUAUCCAGUCGCUGGUGCUUUCAGCUAUCGAGCUUGGCAACGGCACGACAUUGACGACAGACUCACUCGAGGCAUUCUCAGUCAAUGUCAACCUCAUCCCUGCAGGUGGUACAUUACCGGCCGUCACGUUCCCACUCUGUCAAGGCAUGGGCUUCGUGACCGGGUCGUACAACUCCGUCACUCCUCUCAUCGAAUCUGGCAUCGGCAUCGAAAGCGUUACCUACGCCGGGGCCGUGGUGAAAGGAACCACCUUCAAAUAUCGCGCCCUGCUCUCGAGUGGAGUCACAUGGCUCAUCUACGUCACCCCUCGCAACACAGGCUACCAAGAAAACUCCUUCACACUCGUCAGCCCAGUGUCGAUCCAAGGACCUCCAGGAUUCGGCGGCUACAUCCAGAUCGCAAAAGUUCCCACCAAUGUCACAGAUGCAGAAGACGUAUAUGACGGCUCUGCUGGUGUCUAUCCAACAAGCAUAGAUAUCAGCGGCUCUGUGGCAGGUACGGAAGGGACGUAUACCCUAAGCUGGACUAAAGAAGGCCCUGCAGGGCAGCCCUUGCUCAUGUUCGCGCUGCCACAUCAUCUGGAGUCUCUUGCAAGUACCGAUGGAGUAACGGAUGUUAUGCUUCAGACGACAACGAAAGGUGUGGCGACAGCUGUUCAGGCAGACUCGUGGACAUUGGUAGAGCCCGACCUGCCUAUCGGUAUGGCUUUCAACCCGUGGAGUCCAACAGGAGGCGAUCUCGGUACUCUUCCACUUGAUGCAAUCGAAGCUAUCAACGCAGCUGGCACCACUGAGCUAGCGCAGGAUAUGGCCGCGCAGACGAACGUUGGCAGCAUGUAUUACGAUGGAAAGGCGCUAGCGAAGUUCGCGGCCAUCGUAUAUGUCAUUCAUGAUAUGGCUCAUAAUGUGACGCUGGCACUGACCGGGCUGCAAGAGCUCCAGAACGCUUUUGCUUUGCACGUUGACAAUAUGCAGAAGUUUCCACUGGUGUAUGAUACUGCUUGGGGCGGAGCGACGAGUAUCAGUACGUAUCUGAGUGGGAACUCUGGGGAUGAUUUUGGGAACACCUACUACAACGAUCAUCACUUCCAUUACGGCUACUUCCUCUACGCCGCCGCCGUGAUCGGCUACCUCGACCCAACCUGGCUCGACACUGGAACGAGCAAAGCCUGGGUGAAUAUGCUUGCCCGCGACUACGCCAACUCAGUCACAGACGACACUUACUUCCCCUUCUCCCGCAGCUUCGACUGGUACCACGGCCACUCCUGGGCGCAAGGCGUCGUCUCCUCCGCCGACGGCAAAAACCAAGAGUCCUCCAGCGAAGACACCAUGGCCAGCUACGGACUCAAGAUGUGGGGCAAAGUCAUCAAUGACAAGAACAUGGAAGCGCGAGGCAACCUGAUGCUCGCGGUCCAGGCUAGAAGCCUACAGCACUACUACCUCUACACCGACGACAACACCGUCGAGCCAGCUCAGUUCAUCGGCAACAAAGUCUCCGGGAUUCUGUUCGAAAACAAGAUCCAUCACACCACCUACUUCGGCAGCAACAUCGAGUACAUCCAGGGCAUCCACAUGCUCCCGCUCAUGCCGUUCAGCACGCUGAUCCGCACGCCGACGUUCGUGCAGCAGGAGUGGGACGCUUACGGUUUCGCGACAUAUGCCCCAACGCUCGGGAGUGGAUGGGAGGGUGUGCUGAUGGCGAAUCUGGCAAUCAUUGAUCCGGAGACGAGCUAUGCGUUUUUCUCUAGAACGGAGUUCGAUUAUGGAUUGUUGGAUGGAGGGGCGAGUCGGACGUGGUAUUUGGCGUGGUCUGCUGCGUUGCGGCAGGGUUCGUACGGCUCGAAUACGAAAAGCUAG